UGUCUCCGUGGAAGCAAAUGAACGAAAAGCGAAGCUUCAGAAAACAGAAUUCAAGACAAAAAGAAAUGGCUUCCCAGAUUAGUAAAAUGCUCAGUUAGUAAUCAAUUUAGUGAUUUGCAACUAGUUUUGACAGCAAUUAUUUUAUUAAACAAGGUACCCCGAUGAGAUAGCACACUAAAGAGAGUACCGCAAUCAAGAGACUAGAUAGAGUACAAUGUCGGAGCCGAACCGAAACGACAGCGGGGGCGGAGCCAGCCUUGGAGGGGGCGGAGCCAACCAUGGAGGGGGCGGAGCCCCGAACGGCAAGAAGCGGUCGAUAGAUGACAUCAUCAACGACCUCCAGUACGAGGGGCAAUACAUGCUGCUGGGCUCUUCGGCCCCAGGGGGCCAGAUGGGCGGGGCCAACUGGAGCCAAUCAGCCAACAGCAGUCCCAAUCAGCUGUUUCUGCAGCAACAGCAGACCAGUCAGGACAGGCAGCAGAUGGGUCGUGGGUUGUACUAUGAUGGGGUUUCACCUACCAGGAUUCAAGAGCUAUCACCCAGCAGCGGUGAAAUGAUAGGCAUGGUAGACAUGGGCAAUGGCAACUUUGUUAAUGUUGUCUUCAAUCCAUCGGCUGCCACUAGAAACAGCCAGCUGCACCAUCAGCUCAGCAACUCUUCACCAACUGCUCAGCAACCACGCGAUCCUUACUAUGUGCACCAUCAACAGUUGCUUCAGCAAAAUCCACAGUUGCUGCAACAGAAUCAACAGUUGCAUCAGCAAAUGAAUCAACAGUUGUUGGGUCAGCAGAAUCAACAGCUGUUGCAACAAAAUUCUCAACAGUUGCAACAACAAAUCCAGAAUCAGCAACUGUUGCAACAGAAUUCUCAGCUGUUGCAACAGAAAUCACAGUUACAUCAGCAGAAUCCUCAGCAGUUGCUUCAACAAACCCCUCCGCAGCUGUUGCAACAUCAGACCACGCCCACCCAGACUUCGGCAGCCAAUCAGGUGCAUGCAAAUGAGUACGGCCUGUUUUCAACGCCAUCUGGUGGCAAACCGGUUGUAGCGCUGCAGGCCAAUCAACAGCUGAUUGAGAAUUUGGUGGGAAACUGGUUGCCCAAUCAGAGCGGGACUUACAGUCCGUUUGGAUGCAGUAAUGCUAGUGUGCAGAGCGCUAAUGAGAAUGGCCUAGACGACUCGUCACCGCUCCGCUGCCAACCGCCGCAGCCGCAACCGCAACCGCAAACGACCGCGACUACCGCCGGCCGCAAACCGCGCGCGGUAGCCGAGGUGCGACCGAUGCGACCGACCUAUUCGGACGUGCUCACCAAGUCGGCGCCUCCCGCCGCAACCGCAGCCGCAGUCAAAACGCAGCCGAAUGCGACCGCCGCCGCCGCUGCGGCUGGAGUUGCGGCUGGAACCUCAGCUGCGGCUAAGAGUGAGGCCAGAAAGCAGGGCGGAAAAGGCGCCAAAUCAGGUUCAAAAGACAGCCAACACACAAAAACAGGUGGCGGCGCGGCACUGCGUCGUCAGCAUUCGAGCGGCAGCGACGACACGCCGGGAGGCGGCAAGGGAGGCGGAGGUGGAGGGGGGAUCAGUUCGGGUUCCCCCUUCUCGUCCUGCUCCCCUGGAGGCGGUGGCGGAGGUGGCAGCUCUGCCGCUGCGGCGGGAGUCAAGCGGUGGGCGUCGCUCGAGGAUCUGGCAUCUGUGACGUCACAUGUGGGGGGCAGUGGUGGGGGUGGAGGUGGUCAGGGGGGUGGGGGUGACAUGGGAGGGGCCUACGAGGCACAGGAGACGGGAGGUGGCAAGAAGGGGGUGGCUGGGAAGGCUGCGGCGAAGGCUAAGAAGGGUGUCAAGUCGAAUGUGACCGAUGACAAGAAUGAAACCCUGAAUAACCAUAAAGUGAAUAAUGCCAACCUGUCAGGCAGUAAGAGGCCUCUGCAGAUCAAUAAUAACAUCCAGCGCAACAGGGCUAAUAUCGAGAAAAAUGUGUUCAAAUCUGCUAAAAAAGGUGUGAAUGGUAAUGGUAAAGAAGACAGUAAGUCAAAUUCCAGUCCUCUCUCUCCCUCUAAACGAGGACAACGGUCUGGGAAAAGGAGACAGGGCAAUACAUAUAUAGAUAUGAUUUGGACGAAAUGGCAACACUAUAUGAAGCUUUUUGCGCAUUGGCUGCUGAAUCUUGUAUGGGAUGUGAUGGCCUUAUCAACUCGAUUAUUUGUUCACUUAUGCCAAGUAUCCCUCGACUACUCAGCAACCACGGCACGUUGCGGUUGGCGCCGCGUCUCCGACAUGCUGGGGAGACCUGGGAACCGAUUGGGUCGCGGAGGGACCAAGGCCUCCUCAUCCUCCUCCUCUUCCUCAUCCUCACCUCCUGGCGACAAACCCUCUUCGACAUCCUCGCGGUCCUGGUGGCGGUUCUGGAGGCGGGGGCGGUCGCCUGAGGCUGGCAAGGGAGGCCGAGGGGCAGACAGGAACUCGUCGCCGCCCCACGAGGGACUCGCCAACAAUAUGGCGCUGCCGACUACUGGCGAUGAUGCCAUCAAAAGACUGUUGUCCUGUAAGGGCAAGGAUCCCUAUAGUAUACUGGGCGUGACGAAGAGGUGUCAUGACGAGGAGAUAAAGAGGUACUACAAGAAGCAGGCGGUUCUAGUCCAUCCUGACAAAAACUCGCAGCCAGGAGCUGAGGAGGCAUUCAAGAUACUCGUGCAUGCAUUCGAACUCAUUGGAGAGCCGGAGCGACGUAGCAGAUACGACCAAUGCGUGGCGGAGACUCACCAGAUGGAGCACGCGUGGACUGAGUUGAAUGAGCUGUUGACCCGCUUGCAUGAGAAGAUGGAGUACACGGCCAACACCCUGCGUUGCACCAACUGCGGCAAACGACAUCGCCGCACCCUCGCGCCGCAGAGGCCCACCUAUGCCGCAAGGUACUGCCAUCAGUGCAACAUACACCAUUCCGCCAGAGAGGGUGACAUCUGGGCAGAGAGCUGGGCUCUGGGCCUGGUGUGGCACUACUACGCCUGCAUGGAGGGUCAGGUGUACGACAUCAGUGAGUGGGCCGCCUGCCAGGCGGACAACCUGCAACACCUGAAGGCCAACACGCAUCAGGUGCAGUAUCGCAUUGUGCUCGGCAGACAGCAGACGGCCAAACAACAGCCACCCACCAACGCCAGUCCGCAACAGCAUACGUCCGCCCGCACCACCGAACCAGACUUCGAGGACUUUUUGAACAAUUUGUACUCACAGUCUCCAAGCAACGGAGGUGGAAACAUGAGUGGAGGAGACACUUCCGCUAGCAGACAGCGACGCAAAACUAAACGAAAGAAGUGACCGCAGCCGGAAAACUAACCUGCAAACAGACAAGGAUAACUUAGUUGACGUAAAACUUACCGGAAACCUAAUCUAAAAAUUGACCCAACCGGAAAACUGAACUUAUAAUUUAUAUACUAAUUAAUUUGAUCAACACACGUUGAGACCUUAGUUGAUGAUGCGACCACGAACCUAAAACUUAACGGAAGCCUAAACUGAAUAAUUGACCUAAACGGAAAACUAAACUUGAAAAUUGACCUAAAAGGGUUGACAUGUUAGAUGUUAGGAAGGAAAAAUUACCACCGACUAAAAACUAACUGGAAACUAUUCCAUAUUGUAGACACCUCUUUUAUUGUAAUUUUAUCCUAUUUAUUCAUUGAUUUUAUAAUAAUUUACUUACACUAAGUACACAAACUCGCAGAUAACAGAUUUUUAAGUGACCUUGGACAUAUUAGAAUUUUAUGAAUCUUGAGAAUUUUUUCAAUAUAAUUUUUGGAUAUUAGUGCUUAGAAACCGCCCCCCCCCCACCAUAGAUUCAUAAUGCAGUGAUACUUAUCGUAUACAGCUAAAUUCCAAUGGAAUUUAAAAUAUAAUUAACCUUCAAUAAGGUUACUUUUUUGAAGAGUUAAUUGAAAUGUAAUAGAUAUUCAAUGCAGCUCAGUUUCAGUUAGUAUUGCUUGAAAUUAGUUAAGAAAGUUUAAAAAGAACAUAAAACUAUUUCAACAGUCCAGUUUUUACGUUCGUUUUUGACGUUUUAAACACGAUUGACUCCACAUCAAUACAAUAUUUAACAAGUCUCUUAUAAUAAACUAUUUAUCUUUUAUUUGGAUAGAUAAAUUAAGUAAAUUUAAAUUUACUUUCAAAACUGUAGUUUUUCAGUAAUCCAUUUUUGAGUGCGUUACCUUCAAAAUAAGUAACAAUUUUAUUGCUAUUUCAGUUUUGAACUUUACUAAAAUUAUUAUUUUAUUAUUCUUUUAUCAAUUAUCUAGUAUUUCAAGAACAUUGUACAGUCCUGAUAUCAUUUUUUAAUGGAAUGAUCUAUUUUAAUUGAUUUAGUUCUCCUUUUUAUUUCUUUUAUUUCAUAUUAGUUCUGUUAAUGCAUUUAAAUUUUUCCAAUUCUACUGACAUUUCAGUAAUUAAUUUUUAAUUGCUUCAAUAUGAGGCUUUCAGUGAUUAUGAAUCAUUACUAUUUCAUAUUAGAUGUCAACUGCAGGUAUUAUUGGUCCAACUAUACCAUUUUAUUAUCACAAUUUAUCAUAACAUAAUUUGUACAAAUAGUCUCAAUAUAUACAGAAACUUUAUUAUUUCAAACGUUUUUUCUUGCUGAAAAUAAGCAUUGAUAACCAGAACUACAUUACAAGCAUUUUUGUAAUUCAUGUAUGACAAUAAUUUUUAACUCAUUUUAUUUAUUUAUCAUUUACAAUCAACUUAAGGACAAAGAAACAGAUUACAGUUCAAAACUUCUUUUCAUCCCAAUUUCAUAAAAUAAAUUGUCCAAAUAAAGGUUAUGUGCGACUUUCCAAUUCUUCACUAAUUUCCACAUUGAAACAAAACACAAACACUUGAAACGAUUAAUUUUGAAUUUAGAAAGAUUAAGAUCCGAAUUGAUAGCAAAAUUCCGUCUUCUUAGUACUCAAAACUGUAAAAUAAAUAAUUAUCUUAGGUUCUUCAAUCAAACUUCUCAAUAUUACUAUACUCCUUGAAGGAUGUUGAUCCGAUAUUCCCUUUUUUACUGUAGAACUUCAAUAUUUUCUUAUUCAUUAAUCAUAUGCAAAUACAGUUCAGGUAAAAAACAUCAGGCAUUUGCCCAAAACUGCUUUAAAACCCUUAAUUUGGAAUACACAGAUAAUAAAGUCUUACACAGAUAAUUAGUAAUGGUUCUUCAUAAUAAUUAUAUAUUUGUGUAUUUAGAAAUUAAUAUUUGUAAUUUAGAUUCAAGUCCUUCCAAGACAAUCCUUUCUUGCAAUAGCGCUUCAAUAUUUAUAUAUUUAGAAAUCAAUAUCUAUAAUUUUGAUCCAAUCCCUUCCAAGACCAAUAAAUAAAGAUGAAAACAGCAGUUUUUUUCAAUUGUGAUAAGGAAUGAUUUUCUAUUUUUAUAAGUUUUUUGAUCAUAGUUUUUAUUUCGUAAUCAUAAUUUUAAGCAGUAAUGAUAUUCUCACCCAUUGCUGAAGAUAUAAACCAAAUAUAUAAUUUACAUAAUAAAAUUUCGAUCGAGUUGAAAAAAAUUGAUAAAACGAUUGAUUAAGAUUAAAAUAGCCUACAGUAAUGUUAUCAACACAAAAUUCCGAUCGAGUUGAAAAAAAUAAUAAAACGAUUAAGAUGAAAAUAGCCUACAUUAAAAUUACCAACUAUUGGAUUCUAUUCUACAAUUAAACCCCUCUUUGUAAUUCUGCUAUCAUAAGUGAGUCUUGCCUUAAUGUAAUAAAGAUAAGGACGAAGAUGUUAGGAAUAUUAAACUCCCUUCAAAUGAUCUUCCCAUGCUUUAUGUUAAUAGGUACCUCUGUAUUUUCAUGUUGACAUUUCAAAUAAAUUAGGAAUAGGGACUAUUUUCUAAUAAUUCAAGCUAGAGAAAAUAUGUAUCACUUUAUUUUGUUCGGAAGAAAAUUGUCUUGUAAAUGUUCUGUAACUGAAGAACUAUAUCAUUUUGAACUUGAAUCUGUAUCAGUGCCGGUUGCACAAACGCCGGUUAAAUUUUAACCGUGAUUAACUUGACAAGAACCAAUCAGAGAAGGAGUUUUUAAAAACGCCUUCUCUGAUUGGUUCUUGUAAAGUUCUUCUUCUUCUUCUUCUGGCAUUACAGCUCGAUGUGAGCUUUAGCCUCUCGCACUAGAUCCCUCCACACAUCACGGUCACAUGCCUUUCGUCUCCAUGCCACAACUCCCAUCCUCCGGAGAUCAUCCUCCACUUCAUCACUCCAUCGAUUGCGUGGCCUCCCUUGUCGUCUUCUACCCUCCAUCCGGGCCUUAUAAAUUGCUUUUGGCAUUCGUUGGUCCGCCAUUCUCUCAACAUGACCAGCCCAGCGCAAUCUUUGUGAUUUGAUGAAUCGUACCACAUCCUCACCCUUUAGAAUUUCAUUCAUUUCAUCCUUAACUUGUAAAGUUAAUCACGUUUAAAAUUUAACCGGCUUUUGUGCAACUGGGCCUCAGUUUUGGUUGCCACUAAGGUUCAGAAUGGCUAGCCAGAUUGAUGAAUUAAAAUAUUUCCAAUUUCAAUUUAUUGUAGUGAAUUGCUAAUUUACCCAAUUAAGUUUUUCUAAUCAGACUACGAGGAAAAUACAGUCUGGCAAUUCAACCUCUCUAAUUUGGAGCCUCUCGCACACCUUUGCGAAUCGCAUGACGGGAGCGGGAGAAUUUUCAACCGUGGUUGAAUGGUUGAAAUCGUUGCCGUUGUCGAAUGCGAAUCGCUGUGAUGUGCGAAGGAAUUAAAAGGCAGGCUAGUUAAAAAAGGGUUAGAUACACGGACACCAAACCUUCAUUGAUAAAACCUUCAGUUGCUUUAGAAUAAUGUUAAAUGUCAUGUAGUAUCAGAUUUUUCAUGAAUGAAGGUAUGUUGUCUGUACCUUUCUUAAGGUGCAUUCCCACAUAUCAGUAAUAGACUCAGUGACCGGAAUAGUGGAAAUUUAUUUCCCAUGAGUUUUAAUGGGACUAUUCACACGAGCGAGUAGUCCUAUUAGAACUUUUGGGAAUCAUACUCUCACUGAACCGGACACGUUCACUGAUACUGAUAUGUCGGAAUCAGCCUUUAUUGGUUCUGUAACUACCUUCUAAAAUUAGACAGGUUCAUUGCAGGAACAUAUUGUAGAUUACCUAGUAAGUUAGAAGUGUUCACAUUCGGUAAGGUAAAUAUUGUUGAAUUAAUUUUUUUUAAUGUAUGAAUUCAGGGCUACUUUUUUGUAUUUAUAAAAUAAAGUACCCUUAAAAAUUAAUAAAAUAAUAUAACAAGAAUACAAGUAUUUAUUUAGAAGUAUGUUUUCUUGUUUUAUUAUUCUAUUAAUUUUAAAGUUACUAUAAUUCUAUUUUAUAAAUUGUUGAAUUAACUGCAACAACUGUGAUAAUUUUCUCCAAUCCCUCUCAUCAAAUCCAGUUUUAUAUUCUUGCCAAUUAUAUCAGUCUUGCCAACCUUACUUAUUUCUAAACUUAGAGUGUUGGUUUCCCCAUAGUUUCUUGUAGAAUUCCCGUGGAUCCGAUUGUUGUAAUUUUUUAAUGUUUGUGAUUUUAUAAUAUCGUAAACAAUGAUGAAAAUAGUGGAUAAUAACAGUAAUUUUGCUAAUGAACGGUGUAAACUAUGUAUUGUUAACUUCUAACUGGUAUAUUUUGUUCGUAUGUUAGUUGUAAGUCGUGAUGUUAAUUCAAUAACUAGAUAAAAUCCAAACGGUCGUCUUCAAUGUGAAUAUAAAUAUGGUUAAAUAUUUAUAAAUAUAAUUGUUUUGUGAACUACAUUUGUAUGAAACUGUGGAAGCAGAAAAUGAAAAUAUACUAAGCUUGAAUAUUAGAUCAAUUCAAUAAAGUCUUUGAACAAGU